UUUCGCUAAAACAUGUUUAUUGAACUCUAUUAGUGUUUAGUGGGUUGCCUAAAAAUCUGGGCUUAUAAUGUUGACAGUUUUGUUAUCUUAUUGCGUCGCCUGUCCAAAUCGGCAAGGUCAGAAUAGACUUUAACCCAUGACAGACAGCCAGGUGCUCUGGUGAGAUGUGGGUGCAAAUGCUUUGACUGGUUGUUGAAUACAGGAAGUGCCCUUUUCAAAAUGACCACCAGGCUGCUGUGCAGAUGGGUGCGAAUAUUUUCUCGCUGCCCUCAGGCUGCCACAGCCUCAGCCCAACUACAGACCUCCACAGUCCACCAGACAGGGCCAGUGUGCCUGAUGUCCCUGUCUUGGACCCGACCUUCUGCUAGGCACCUCUGUCAGGGCAAUGAACUGGCUAGGAUGGAGGAGACGGCAUUUCCGUAUGACCAAACGCAACUAGUCGGACUUGUAGAAAAGGCAUCCACCGCAGAGGAAGUGCUUCAGUUGUGGGCAGAGCACGGCGGAUCUGCCAGCGAUGCUGCCAGGUGUCUGGUCCAGCUGAACCUGCGGGUCAUGGAGAAGGGUGGCGAAGGAAUCCUGCAGGAUCCACGCUGCGAGAGCAUGCUGGAGACUGUACAAUCUCAGGUGUCCUCAGUGUGGAAUGGAUCUCUGGUGGGUCUUCUACGUGCUCUCACUAUGUUGGGUCUCCCUUCUGAUGCCCCUCUACUCCACUCCAUCCAGAAUGAAGUGCUCUGGAGGAUCCGGCGCCUCACGUACCGUCACCUGGCCUACCUGGUGGACUGGGUAGCCUUUCAGCGAAGACGAGGGUAUGAAAAUGAAGCUCUUACCACAGCCCUGCUGAAACAACUGGAGCUGCGCUGGACAGAGCUGUGUGACAGUCGUACCAUCAGCAUUCUCAUGGGCCGCGCUUCGCUUUUCUCCCGCUCUCUCAUGGACAAACUGGAGGACAAAGCUCUGGAGUUGGCAGAGAGCUUCAGCGCAGAGGAUAUCCGGAGAGUGGCAUUUGCACUGGCCUCCCAAAACAGACGGGCCGUUCCUUUGUUACGUGCUCUCUCAUACCACCUGAACCAGAAACCCUCUUUUGAACUGAAAACACCAUUGCUGCUUGACAUUGCAUAUGUUUAUGGCAAGCUGAAUUUUCAUCAGACACAAGUGCUCCAGAGAAUUGCGGCAGAGCUAUUGCCUAGGUUAUCAGAACUGAGUUCCCUCGACGUAACCCGCUGUGCCAAGUCUCUAGCCUUUCUCAAGUGGCUGCACUUGCCUCUAUUUGAAGGUUUUGCUCAGCACUAUGUGAGUAAUAGUAAAAACUACAGCACUCUGCAGGUGUGUAAUCUCCUCAUAUCUUUUGCCAAACUCAACUUCCAACUCGGCAAAGGAGAGGAGUUUUACCAAAAGAUACACAAAGCCUUGGAAGGUUCCUUUCAGAAUUUAGAGCCUUUCCUGAAAACAGACGUGGUCUGGUCGCUGUGUGUGCUAAACCAGGCCAAUCCUGAUUAUAUCUCCUCUGUUACGAAGUAUGACUUUCAUAAGAAACUUACAGGUGGCAUUGUGGAUCGGACGGAGAGCUAUCGACUGAAAUUGCUGCAUAUCUCUGCCUUUGCUCAGCUGGAGCCUAUAGGAAUCACUAUUGAAUCCCCAGCUGUGCUGCUGCUAGCUCCCCAGGGCAAAGUGGGGGUCAGCACACCUCUGCAAAGCAGCCUACACACAGCCCUCCAGAGCCUGACCAACAGCCGGACACAGGCCCUCCGCACUGCUGUCAAAACCAUAUACGGCUGGACAAUAGAUGGAGAACUUGUGGUAGAUUCAGAAAAUAAACCUAUUGAUUUGGAGAACCUGGAAGCCCCUCAUGUACCUGGAGGCGGUGGACGUGAUGCCUUACCUGCAGGGGCUCGACGAAUAGCAUUUGUGGCCUGGGAGUUUCCUAACUUUUGUCUCAGGAGCAAGGAUCUUCUGGGCCGCUUUGCCAUGCAGAAACGCCACCUACAGCUGGCUGGGUUUAUAGUGGUGGAGGUGCCGUACUUUGAAUGGCUGGAGCUUAAGUCCGACUGGCAGAAAGUGGCUUACUUGAAAGACAAAUUAGGGAAGGCAGUGGCUGAGGACAUGGCUAAAUGAGCCAUCAAGCCUGUCAAUAACUUUAAGUGCUUUUGACACAGGCUGCUCAUAGACAUUAACAGCCCCAGACAAUAACAUGACUUUCAGGUGAGGGAGUGACAGAGAUAUUGAGUACUGCAUAUACACACACAACAAAGAGAUCGUUGCAGCAUUCUCAAUUCCCAUGAUCCACCCGAACAUCAGAGUGGAAAUCAAAUGCAUCUGGGAGCUGUGAUCAAUCUCUGCAGGAACAGAAAGCAGAGCCUCCAGAAAUCAGCAGAUGCUCAGAAGCAACAGAGUCGUGUAUCCGCUGCCUUCCCAAAAAAGAAACUCUGAGCCAAAGAGCUCGGCGAAUGUUGUGAAAUGAAAGCGUGAGUGAUCUGAAGGGCAUGAGCAAUGUUCACCACAGGGGAAAACAACUAAAUGGUCAGACCAUGUCCUCAAAAACAACUGGAUGUUCAUACACUCAGCUUCCACUUAUAAUAAAUGCAUACACCUUCUGUUUUAAUGCAGUUGCCUAGACAACACAUAUUAUGGUGAAAGGGAUUGAGAGUUCAGUAGCUAAAGAUUUAUUUACACUUAGAAAGCAUAUCUGUAUAUUUGCGAAUAUGCUUGAUUUAAUUAAAAAUAUGUAAAACAAGGCAGUAUGUAAGAAUACAGAUUGGAUUUUAAUAAAUAUUUCCUUUAAAUAUUUAUUUUGGAAAGAUUGUCAUUGCAUUCUGGUAUGUUUAGACCUAGUUGCAGACCUGUUAUUUGCUGUCAGGUAAGCCUGAAGUGCAUACUCUUAUUAGUCUUUAUGGAGAACAGAUGUUCCUGUUGAAAUCUUGAAAGAUUUUGUGCAGAGAAUGGAUUUUCUUCAAUUAAGACUUUCAUCUCCAUGUUUGCAAUGUGUUGUGAAUAAAAUUGAAUCUCGUAUUUUCAUCAAAAAGCAUAUGGUGACUCAUGGCUGUAUUUUGCAGAAUGUGUUUUGCUAAUGUUGGCUGUCUUGUCUGCAGUCAUGCUGUGAUGUUCUAUAUCUUAAAAUAUUUUGUGUAAAGAGCAUAGAAGUCUGAUGAAAUGUGUACUGAUCUUAAUUUAUUUUUCUAUUCUGCUACUAUGGUUUAAAACUUCAUAGACACUGAGUUAUGGUUAGUGGUGCUGAGCAAAUGUCCUGACGUAUCAGAAUUUAAUAAACAUCUUUUUAAUAA